AUGCCUGCCGCCGACAGGUCCCGAUCAUCGGACUCGACGGGAAGCAGUGAAUCCAGACGCAGGGACUCCUCGUCCCGAAGCCGCUCUGGCCGCUCGGAUCCUGGCCGCUCCGUUGGCACCAAGAGCAAGCGCCCGAAGGCCUCCGACGGCGAGAAGCUCGACGAAGUGCUACGCGCGCUCCGAGGUUUCGGCUCGCAACUCUCCACGCAGUCCUACGACAUUGGCCUCAUCAAGAACCAGGUCGCUGCACAGACUGUUAGGUGUGAUCAGCUCACGGUGAAUAUGACCACCCUCACCAAUGACAUUCAAUCGAAAGUCGCUCAACUCGAAGGCCAACAGUCCGCCAUGUUCACCGACCUGAACGACCGCUUCACCACGCUCAAGGGUGAGGUCCACACGCAGAUCACGAAUGAGCUCCGCGCCCAGGAAGCCCGUACAGCCGUGCCUAUCUUCGACAUAGACGACGAACAGGGUGCUGAGGUUCACGCCAAAAUUCAACAACAGAUUGCCGAGAUCAAGGCACAGUUACGCACUAUUUCGACAGCCCCCUCGGUCUCCAGCUCGGUCGAGGCGCAGCAGGACAACACUUGCACGCUGGUCGCGAUCGGCUUCCCUCGCAAGAUGCUCGCCCGCUCCCUGAAGACGAUUGCCGACGCCAUCAAGUCGCAGUACGCCCCGCAGGAUGUCCAGGCUCGGAUCACCGCCAAAUGUUUUGACAUGGCCAAGAAGAUCACCUUCCACUUCGAGAGCGCCUCAGACGCCACGAACUUCCUGACGAACUACAGUCGCGACGGGGUCUUUCGCCAUCCUGACCCCCUCGCCCCGCAGAACAUGCUCAAUAUCAAGCUCAAGAGAGACCAGGACAUCAAAGGCCGCCAGCUGUUCCUCUCCAUGGGCAAAGUGCGCGCGCUCGUAUCCAACCUGUUGGCUCCCAGGGGCAUCGAAGUUGGCAGCAAUGGGUUGGGAGGGCUCGUAUACGCCUUGAAGUCAGAGAAUGAACCCAUCGAGAUUGCCCAGAUCCAGGUCUCGGGUGACGACCUCGCGAUUUCCGUCGAGCUCGACGCCGCUGGCCUGAGAGAGUUUGGGUUGGAGACCCAGGCUGCCGCCAUCCGCGCUGCUGCGCUUGUGCCCAUCAGGCCAGGCUUUUUCAACGACACUUUCCUCACCUCACUGAAUUUUACCAAGAGCAGGCCCCAAGAUGGCCCCAAAAACAUCCCGAAGUGGAUCUCGAAGCACCCGGAGUUCCAACGGUUCCUGGAGGCCGCCAUUGCAGAUAUGUCCACGGAGCUAGGUCCCUGGGAGCGCCUUGAGCAGCUCAAGGAAUUGAUGUUCGCCUCGGCCGCGCACGUGCGCGAGUUUGUCAAGCACGAGGUUGCCAACACACUCGAGCUUAAGCAGUAUUGGGCCUUGCAGGCGUCAGCGCACAUCGACAGGACUUUCGCCUACGCCGACGAUUUCUGCUUUGGUCUCAGAGACGUUUUCCGCUCCCUGGGCCCCCUCCUCGCCCUGCUGACUCGGCUCGAAAAGAUUGCGGGACUCAGGCUUAACUUCAAAAAGUGUCAGAUCCUGGUCGUGGGCUCCCUUGAUGUGAACCUCCUGAGGGACUCGGUUCGGUUGCUUGUGGGUGAGUUCAAAAAGAUCCAGGUCUUAGAGGUUGUCAAAUACUUAGGUAUCUAUAUCGGCCGUGGUGCCGAGAUGGUUGCGUGGUGCGAG